AUGGUAGCGUGCCGAGGGACACAAGCAAUAGUCACACUGUGGGGUAUCGCGACCCUCUUCGUCACAUUCUUGCUCUGCCAACCCCUCGCCUUCAACUGGGACAGAGCAAUCCCUGGUGGAUACUGUGGCGACCAGCUGGCAAGUUGGAAGAGCGCGGGCGUCGUCAAUAUCCUCACAGACGCUGUUGUCCUCACGCUGCCCGUGUAUGAUCUCAGCAAGAUCCAGAUGGCAACGUACAAAAAGGUAGUGCUGAUAGCAAUGUUCGCCCUGGGUAUCUUUACCACUGCCGUCGGUAUUGCGCGUUUGGUCGCCAUUGUCGACGUGGACUUUGGUGAUAUCACCUCCGGCGCAACAUGA